AUCUACCCUGUUGGCAUGUUUAAAAAUGGCAGUUUCAGCGACAAUCGAGAAAGCAAAUCAAAUAAUAGACGAGCCUUCGUUAGCGGAAGAUGUAAGUGUAACCGAUGAAGAUAAAUGGUGGGCUCGGACUUAACGCUUGAUAAAUGUAACACUGUUACUUUUAUCACUUUAUGUCAAUAAGAUUAUGAUAUGUUUUUAAUCUUUUGGGGUUGUUGCUGUACUGUACACACCGGUAUACACACUAAGUUAAAACUAAAAAAAAAUGUGAAGGCCUUUGUCAUAGUCAUAGUCAUAGUCUAUAGACAUAGUCAGCCCUAGUCCAACUCUCUAUUAUAGUGUAUGAAGUACUAUAUAUAGUGUUUUUGCUUGUACUUAUACAUUAUAGAUAGUCCAGGCUAUACAUAGUAUAGGGCCGUGUUUUGUAAUAAAGUAAGAAUCUUACAAAGACGUCUAAGUCUAAGUUAUAGCUAAGCAUGAACUAUGAACUGACACCUCUCUUUUGUCUUUGUUGUGAAUUUGAUCAAUUAACUUGUACAACUAUCCCAUUAAUGAAUAGGAAAAGGUAAUACAGUGGAACCUCUCAUAACGAGCAUAAUUUAUAAUUCGUUCCCAUAAUCUUACUCAUUAAGCGAAACACUCGUUAAACGAAACAAUUUUUCCCAUAAAAAUCAAUGUAAAAUACGAAAAUGCGCUCCAUGCUGAAAAAAUACUAAUUUUUCAAAAAUUUUUAUUAAUAUUUAUUCAAAUAAAAUUACUUAUGAAUUUUUAAGGAGUAUAACAACUUGGAAUACAAUUUAGAAAAUUGUAUCAGCGAAAAUAAGUUUCGCCUUCUCACAAAUAAUGUUUUCUUUAAUAGUGUCGCCUUGUAAUCGCUUCUGGUUUACCCAUAUUAGUAGCAACCUCUCAACAUCAUCAAGAAUAUGUAAUCGUUUCGUAGACAUUCUUGACACUCCCUUUGAAGCAUCCAACUCCUUAAUUUUGCUUUUGUUAUUAAGAAUAGUGCAGAUUGUUGAUGUUGACCCAUUGUAUGUGCGCGCUAGAUUAGCCACGCUCACACCUUGUUCUCGCUUUUCAAUGAUUUUACGUUUCAGUUCAAGUUAUUUUUUCUCUCUUAUGAUUGUCUUCUUGUGUUUUUUUUCUUCGAAGACAUUUUAGCACAGGUUAUUACACUUUGCACAUAAAAAAAUUAAAAAUACUGUCUGAAUACAAAAUUUGUAAAAACUUGUGAUCACACACGAAAACAAUACGCUAACAGAGUGCUGAACACAGAUCAAUGUAUCGGCGCGGAAGUCCCGGCUCAAAAAUGAAUGUCAGGAAAAAGGGACUUCCCCUUUCUGCGUAACUCGUUAAGUGAAAUGUUACUCUUAAAGGGAGCAACUUCUUCACAGUUUUUUUUGCUCGAUAUGCGAAUUACUCGUCAUGAGAGAUACUCGUUAUGAGAGGUUCCACUGUAAUUUAUAAUACAGGUAAAACAUUUGAAAAAACUUAAUUCUAAUUCCUUUAUUUUACAGAGAAAAAGGAUGUUCUUUAAUAGCCCUUUAAAAUAGAAUUAUGUGCUGAAAGGUGCCAUUCAUACACACUACACACAUCAUAAUCAUAUAGCUGGGGAAGGGGUCACGGAUUUUCAACCAUGUGUGAUAAAAUUUUCUUAUUUAUGUUAAACAUUUGUAAUGCAGGGGUGGGGGUAAAAAUUGGGCAUACAUUUUCUUUUUUAAUUACCAUGCUGAGAUUUAAAGUUCUUGACACAGUUUUGUAAUUUUACAACUAUUUAAAAAAGUCUGAAUUUUAUUUUAAAAAUAUGUUUUAGGAAUUAUUAGCGGAGCUGGAAAAGGAAGAUAUUCCAUCUCACAUUCGAGAAGCAAGACUUGAAACACUCCGGCAGCAGUCUCUCCAAUUUAAGCAGCUCAAGGAGCUUUCAUUUGGAGAAUAUACGUAAGUAGCUCAUGGCAUGACACACACAGAAGUACCCUUGCAUGUUUACACUCUUACACAAAUCACUAAAACUAUGUAAUGAACUAGAUUAUUAAAUAAAUAACACAGCAUGUUAUUAAUAAUGCAAGUAUAGCUAAUAUCAAUAACUAAAACAAUAUAAAAAAUACACUAACUUUAAUUAUAAAUUACUUCUUUUUCUUCUCUGGCAAGAAACAUUAGAAUUCACAUCAGGGCCAACCUGGCAUUGCCUGAGCACCUUUUCUUGAGUCCGUGUCCAUCUCAGCUCCUCUUCAUUUUUGUGAUGUUUUAUUCUAAUGGUAGAGUGUUGAUCUCGUGUCACAAGUCUUGAUUUAUUGCUCUGACUGUUAAUGUGAUAUAUGAUUCUCAUUUUAACUCAUUUUUGGAAAAAGAAGUAAGGUACUAAAUACCAUAUAACUGUGGUGUACUAAAAUUAAAUUUCAAUAGCACUUUAAAAUAUUGCUGCAAAAGCAACACGCCCAAGAAUAUUUUGAAAUAAAUAAGAAAGACUCUUGUAAAGGCACCAUUUUUUUUUAAGGCUACUUCCAGAUGAGAAAAGUUUCCUUGAACUGACAACAUCCACAGAAAUUGAGCAUUGUGUUGUUCACUUCUUCCAUCCUGAUUUUAGGAGAUGUGCAAUUGUGGAUAGCCAUUUAGAGGUAGUUAACAUUUUGUUCUGAAUCAAAAAUGCCAUAUUUUAAACAUCGUUUUAUAAACUGAAGUGUUACCUAGUCAUUUUGGGAUCCCCAGACUAUUAUAACUUAAGUUGCAGUUAUCUUAUAGGAGAUAUAGCCAUGAAAGUUUUUAACACUUAUUUCAUGGAAUAUUUCAAUCAGAGAGAUACACUUUUGCUUAGAAACAGUUGUUAUAUUUUGUGAUAUUAUAUCUUAAAACAAAGUCAAUCACGAAAGCUUACACAACUACGACGCUUCACACUAAUUCUAUAAUCACAACUCACAAACGAAACAAUAUUGCUUUUGAGUACAAUAAGCACAUGCUAUUACUCAAUAAUAGUAAAAUAGAAGUAGCUUUGACAAUACAAUGAAUAGUCAAGUCUAAUUACACCAUUUUGUUGGUGGCCAUCAGUCUGUGUCUUGGGUCAGCUGUCUGGAUCAUAUUGUCAUUACAAGAUUGAAAAUAAUUUAUUUACGUGAAUGAUUAUUUUUAAAUUGUUCAGAAAUCAGAGAUUUCAACCUACAUGAAGAGUUCAGAAACAAUAUAUGGUGAAAGCAUAGCAUUAAGUCAAAUAGAAUGUGAUUGACAAAAAAACCCAAAAAAGAACAACCCUCCCACAAUGGAAGGAAUGCUCACCCAGCUCUGCAGGUUGAAGAGGAUGAUAUUAUUCAUUAAGAAUCCAGCAAGAUAAAGAUGCAAAUGUAUCUUGACAUUACAGAUCCUACAUUCGUAUACUUGAUUCAUUGAUCAAAACUGGGAUUCCUUAAAAUGAUGCGACAUCAACUCUAAAGCUGAAAUUUGGAUGAAAACAGGUCAUUUUAACAGAUUUUUGUUUCAAAAUUGAUAUAAGGCUAACCUUAUUUAAAACAAAUUAUCCAAUUUCAAGACUAUUCUCAGGCAUUUGUAUCCAAGCUUUGGAAAUUAAAUACUGAAAACUCUGCAGUAUAGCAUACAAGUCUGAAGGUGAACUGAAUGAAAAUCUGAAAUCAUAGAUCAUGGGUCACCUUGAAGACUUUGAAAAUGAAUAUUGUAGCUCACCACUACAAAGCCUUUUCCUUGAAUGGAGCAAGCAGGGCUUACAAAUGUAUCUGUCAAAGGAUUCCUCUAUAUUACCUUGUUCUGUGUACUGUUUAUCUGUUGUAUCCAAAUAUCAUCAUGCUGACCUUUAGAAUUAUACUUCAAUUUGCCACUACAUAUUUCUGCAAGAAUAAAUUUAUAACACAUCUUCACACAAUAAAAAGGAAAGAAAUGGAAUUGCAAUUUGAAGCUGACAUGAAAAAGGCUUGAAUAAAUACUCAGUCUUGAAUUGGAAGCCAGAUGCUAGCAAAGUAACUUCAUUAAAUGUUAGGUUAGGAUUAUAUUCUGUACAGAUAUUAUUUUUUGUAGAAAGCAAAUUUAGAGGGAGGUCAACAGUUAAAUGGUUGAUUUUAAAUGAGAUUCAAUAGUUGAAAUUGACAGGAAGACACAGAAUGUUUCCUGCUUUAAUUUGUUUAUGAAGUUUCACCGGCAUCCAUCCUUUCUUUGUAGUCAAUUUAAAUGAUGAAUAUUUUGGGUGGCUUGCAAAAUAUGAAUAAUUUCUGUUUUUCCUUGUGCAGAAUUUAAAUGCUUGUUUUUUUUUUUCAUUAUGCAGAUAUUAUGCAAAAAAUAUUUCAAUACUAAGUUUGCCAAACUGAAUGUGGAGAAAUCAACAUUUUUGGUUACAAAGCUGAAGAUUCAAAUGCUUCCUGCUAUCUUAUGCUUCAGGAGAAGUAUUGUAGUUGAUAGGUCUCUUAUAGAAUAUAAUUACAUAAGUAUAAAGUGAAUUUUAAAACAAUCAUUGUCAUUAUAUUUAUUAAGUCUUAACUUAUAAUUUGUGUAAAAUAUUUACCCAAAAUUUUGAAUGUUAUCAUGUAAGUUACAUUUUUUUGUGUUAACAAUUUCUAUCUAAACGUAGGCACUUUUGUUGACAGGAUUAUUGGAUUUGAAGAACUUGGUAAUACAGAUGAUUUCCCACUCAUGAUUUUGGAGAGAAGAUUUGCCAUGUCAGGUAAAUGUCAUAAAAAAUGUCAUUUUUACCUGUACUUCCAAACCAGUGGUUCCCAAAUGAUGGACCAUGACAAAUUGACAUGCAAAUUCUCAUCAAUUAAAUAUUGGUGCUGUUAAAGAAAAUUUUCAUUCAAGCUAUUUCAACUCAGUGUAAAUUAAAUUCCAAUUAUUUCUCCACCCUAUCUUAGUUUCAUUUCAAUAGUUUCCUUGUUUUUUGGGUGCCAUCUCAAACCUAAUUACUGAAAUUAAUUGGGUCAAUCCAUAAAGUAUGUCACACUCCUGAGUGGGGCUCUAAGAAAGUGUGACAGUUUGUUAAAAGGUUGUUUUUUUUUAGGUUGAGUGUGAUGACACACAUUUUUUUUUAUCAAACAAAUAAAACCCUGAAAUCGACAGUAAUUUGUAACAUUCUGUUGUGAUGGAUGUAUUAUGACAGAAGAUGUCACUUUCAUAAAUUUAAUAGUUAAAUAGUAAGUGUGUUUUAGAUUUAAUUUUAAUUAGUUGUACAUUUUUAUAGCUAUUGUUUAGUUUGAAAGUUAAAGUUUCAAAAUUGUGAAAUAGGGGGUGGGGGGGGGUUGGUUCUGUGAUUUGUGAAGGGGGAGGGUGGGGGAGGGGUAAAUUUUUUUCUAAUGCUGCUCUGAACAUUGGGUUACAUUGGCUUUGAGAUCUUCAAAAACAUUAGUUUUAUUUUAAUUUAUCUGUUCUUUAUCAUUGUAUUGUCUUUUGAUGAAGGCUUCUAGCUGAAAUGUCAGUUUAAUAAUAGUCUUGUCUGUUAUUUUCAAGCCUAAAAAUAUCUUGUAGAAUACUUAAGUUUAAAAAAAAAAUGUUCUUAAUGGAAUUAACAAUUAAAAUAUUAGGUCUUCCUCUAUCUCUCCAAACUGCCUGUUUAAUAAUUCCCUAAGUUUUGAAGGAAUUAAAAAUUUAAAAAAUUCUCAUUUGUUCUGCUGACUCUGUUGAAGUCAACAAAAUGCUAUUUUUUUUAAAACGCUAUUUUUUAAAAACUUUUGCAAAAGUACAAACUUUGACAUAAAAUAAUCAGGCAGAUAAAAAAAUUGAUUACAAAUGUCCAUCAUUUUAAAAACAUACCAAUUAAAAUUCUAAAUUUUUCAAGAUUUUGGCUAUUUUUGACCAAAAAAACAGGGCACAUAAUUUGUUUUCUUUCAUGAAUUUUACAUUUUCAUCUCUCAGGUGUAAUUAAGCUUUCAGAAGAAGAUGAUCCAUCAAAGAAAACCGUUUUUGGAAUGAAAGCUUCUUCAAUAAGGCAAAGAAAUGCAAGGGGUGAUGAUAGCAGUGAUGAUGAUGAUUAAAUUCAUCAAGAUGCUGUGUUAACUUAUGGUGUAUAACUUUGCUGCAGCCAAAUAUGCAUUUUUGAUCACUUUAUUUUGCUGAAAGUAUAAACUAAAAAUUAAACUAAAUUUUUAAGUCGUUGAUAUUUUUUUUUAAUGGACAAAUAUGCAAGAAGAUGUAAACAACAAUUAACAAAUAAAUACUUGUUUUUAUUUGGCUUUGUAAACUAAGCAAAUCUUGGUAAUUAGUUUUUUUAAAAAUAAAAAAUUAAUUUUAUAUCUUAAAAAUAUAAUACGUAAAAAUCUUAAUUGCGUUUGAACAUUUGGUUUGGUUAAGUUUCAAACUUUACUUUUAAUAAACUUGACCAAUGAAAUUCUUGUCAUGGCCUUUUUUUUUUUCAUUUAAGUUGAAAAAAUUCUUUAGAUUUUAGUAAAUAGGAUAAGCCUCAAUAUUAUCUGUUCAUUUGUAAAAAAAAAGUUUACUGUUUAAACAUCAGCAAAUUGCUUAGAGUAAUUGUUGGAUAAUAUUUAUUUUAAUUUGAAACUCUUUUUGAUAGCAAAUUAAAAUUUUAAAGAGAUUUCAGUGUCCAGUUGCUGUAUUAAUAACUUAAUUAAAUUAUAGAAUUUUAAGCACAAUUGACUUUAUUCAAGCCUUCAUUUUUAAAAAAUUGAUUUAAAAACUGACCAAAGAAUCCCACAAGAAUGCUGUUAUUUUUGUUCCAUUAAAAUGGA